AUGCUCCUUGAGCUUCUGCUACUUUCAUUAGUAGCCGGAAGCCAGGGGGAGGGUGUGGGACAUUUGACGACAGACGACCAAGGAUUUUUAAAUGUUAUCCAAGGAUUUGCCAGCCAAUUACAAUGUGUCGUUACCGAUACCUGUUCGGAUAAGGUCCUAUGGUACAAGGAUGAUAUUCUCCUAUAUUCUGGCCUUGAAUUCCAAACAAAUUCGGGCAUCGAUGAGGCGGGAUUUGUGCUAAACCACAAUGUUGAUAUCGAUGACAAAAGAGGUUGCAAAGACGAGUGCAAAACGUCGGCCGAUUGCGAAGAGGGACAUUCAUGCGUGGAUAGCCAAUGUUGUGCUUGUAAGAGGGAAGACUAUUCUCUAAUUUUGAGAAACUUAACCUUUGAGGACAGCGGUCGAUAUCGAUGCCAGAUUCAAAAUACCAGUGAGCAGCUUGAAUUCCAGGUCGAGGUUCUUGAAUCCGGCUUGAAUGGAGGGUUCCACGAAAAUAUUUCUUACGAUCAUUCGCAGUGUUGCGAGGAUAAGGGAAUUUCGAAUAUGUGUAAGGCCAUGUGCAAACCAUCGGACAUGGGAUCCUACCAUUUUGAUCCAACAAGCUGUAAAACCGAUGACUACAAGCACUUUUUAUCGUGUGCUACUGAUGGUGGAAAACGAAGCCACGUUCACUGUUGUAAAGCCCAAAUGGUUCCUUCAUUCUGCUACGAUUUUUGUAGUGGUGACUUCCAGAUGCUAAGAAGAUCCCAUCGUUUAUGCCUCUACUACCUCCCCGAAAUCUUCGAAUGCUACAAUCGAGCCUACCUGCCAUAUCCCGAUCCACCAGAAGAAAUUAUCGUGAACGCUGUUGAACACGACAAAUUAUCCGUCUGUUGGCAACCCCCGAAAGUUCAGCCCACCAACAAGGAUUUUCCAGUGAAGAAUUAUACAAUUUUCUACAAGCAACUACCAGCCAUUUCAUUUUUGCCAGGACUCGAUGGCGCGGCUAUCGACCUACCAUUUAUGUCGGGUGAUUAUGGAGAGUUGACGGAUAUUAUCGACGACGAUUACGAUAUUAAAGAAACUGAUGAAUCGACCAGAACCUCCGGCAAACCUCAGCUCACAAAACGCGACACCACAAAAAUUCAGACCGAAGACCGAAUUACACUGUCGGUAUCGAAAUCCGGACAAAUCAGAAAACGAAGGAGCAUGUCGGCAAGUGAAACAGAGAUCAGCUUUGAUCCCUCGAAGAAGGCUUUUGCCAAGCGCCAAACCGUCGUGAUGGUGUCCAGAAAUGAAAACUCGAAUACCACAAGUGUACGGGAAUUUACUUAUGAAGAGGCCACGACUAAUGGAACAUGCUACACGUUGACAAAUUUGAGAAGUGCCACGAGAUAUGCGAUCUAUGUGAUCGCUACAAACGAUUACGGGCAAUCGGUGCCCUCGACGCGAAGUCUGACCUCAACGAAUGUUCACGUCAUCUCGAAUAAUGGAUCGCUACCGAAUAGCCAGAAAUGUUGCAAAGAUGCGAAAGUUGAUGACCAUUGCGCUUCAAAAAUGUGCGAUCCGACUCAUCAUAUUAACAUUUUCGAAACGAUCUCGAUUUCGACAAGUUGCCGGCAUGAAUGGCCAAAAGUAUCCCCAUGCAUUGCUGAUGGCCGGAAUCACACCGAGUGCUGCGUUCGCCUCGGAGUUCAAAAGGAAUGUCUUCCGGUUUGCUCUGGCACCACGGAAGAGCUGAGUAUGGAUUCGAUGCUUUGUCUCAGUUUGGAUCUGGACACUAUCUAUCAAUGUAUGCGAGAAGGAUACGAAACCCACCCCUCCCCUCCAGUCAAUGUCACCAUUGAUAGAAUUACAACAAAUAGUGCCCGUAUUCACUGGAAAGAACCUUUGGCCAACAAGCACCUGGUUGAGAACUACACGAUCAUUUUGAGGCGUAACGUGCAUGGAGCGGACAUUAUUCAGAUUUCUGAUGCAAAAUCUCCCUACAAUUUGGAGGGCUUAGAAGCGGAUGCCUCGUAUGCCGUUUCGGUUCGAUCGCACUCUGAGAAGGGGCAAUCUCUACCAUCUACGACGUUGUUGUUCCAGACAUUGACUCCGAAUCAAGAUAUUUGCCCAAUUGGUGAACCCCUUAUGCUCAAUGACGGGCGCCCGGUUCUCUGCCACGAAAAAUCGCACCCAUGUCCUAUCGGCUACAUGUGCUAUGAAUUCCUUGAUGAUGGUUAUUGCUGCCCGGAAGCCGAUCCAACAUCCAAUCAAUUCAACUCGUGCUGCGAGCUACGGGACAUGAAGGGUGAUUGCCUGGAUGCUUGUCGCUACAAUGCCACAAGAUUGCCGACAACUUGUGGCAAAGACCUGAACACGUGGGUACAAUGUGGAUCUGAAGGUCAUGAUCAUACUCGUUGCUGCGAGGAGAGCAGCUUGCCAGCGGAAUGUCUUCCGGGUUGUCGGCAUCCGUUCCAGGUUCCUGAAACCUGCAUGAAAUACUCUGCACAAUUGAUGUAUUGCUACGCUUCACACCGAUCUCGCCUGCCGGGACUUGUCCGAAAUCUUCAUACCACCUUCGUCAACGAGACACAAGCGACGAUCACCUGGGAUGUCGCAGGCAAUGCCGAUACUUAUGAAGUUCAGUUCUUCAACGACAACGAACAUCGACUACUGAAUCGCACGAACGUCACCGCGACCACGAUCACGUUCCCGAAUCUCAAUACUUCCACCCAAUAUGUCGCACGGGUAAUUGCUUUCAACACCGCUGGCAGCAGCCCGCCGUCCUGGAACUUGACCUUGGCCACCGAUAAUGAGAAUUCGGCCCCACUUGAACCAGCAGCUCCCAGCAACCUACGAAUCGUCUGGAAUAACGGAGCCAAAAUCAAUUUGACGUGGAAUGCCGUUACCACCCAUAAAGACGGAUCGCCGCUUUCUGGAAAGGGCGAAUAUACCGUCAGCUUGGUCAAUGCGGAAGCGGGGACGGAAUGGGCUACGAAGAAAACCAACAACACAUGGGCUGUGUUGGAUCUGGUAGAAGAUCGACGAUAUAUGGUCUACGUGACAGCCACUUUCCCGAAGCUUGAAGUGAAUACUUCACCGAGUUCAUCGAUUCUGACAAUCUUGGCUCAACAAGACUCGAUGGGCUUACCGGAACCAAAAACAAAAGUCAUGCCCGAUACUACCGUGUACAAGAUCGAGCAAGAUAUUACCGUGGAAUGCAGUCUCGAAAAUGAGUACAAAGGGCAAAACUUGACACUGGAGAUUACGGCAGGCAAUCAACAGAAGAGAAACGACAAGGGCAUGCUGUUUGUCUCAAUGAACCUGAAGGUCACCAAAGAGCUUGAUACAAUCGCUUGUAUGGUAUCGGACUCGGAGGGUCGUCAGAAUGUUCAGAUGCGGAAUAUUUUGGUUAUGUUUGGUCCUAUCGCCCAAAUGGACCGUGGGAUAGUUCACGCUUUCGACGAUAUGAGCGCAAAGAUUUCGUGUACCGUAUCUGGAUUCCCGAUUCCGGCUGUGCACUUCGAAAAGGAUAAUUUGAUUGUCGGUCAUGGCAGUGGUGAGCACAUCAGCAUCCGUAACCCGGCACUCCAUACCUAUCAAUAUAACUUGAUUCUGAAAAACGCCACAGCUGCCGGGCCCGGGCAAUACCAUUGUAUUGCGGAGAGGAAUGGAACGACAUCUCAGGCAGUUGCAGAACUCAUAACCGAGAAACCGAGUGACUUGCCUCAAAAUCCGAGAAAGAUCUUCAACUGCUGUGUUGAUAAGCAAGUCACCGGUGAUUGUCUAGAGGUCUGUUCAAUUGGAAAGGUCCCGUCAAACACUUCUUGUUUGGGUCACGAAAAAUCACUGCUGGCUUGUGCUGAAGACGUGACCGACCACUCAGAUUGUUGCAUCCGUUCUGGGGUUAAGGGACGAUGUCUCUCACUUUGUUCUGGAGAUUCCGUCUCUGACGAGGUCGAUUGUACAAAGUAUGCCACUCGUAUCAUGUCAUGCUUCGUGAAAAGCCAUGAGCGCAGCCCGCAACAACCGACCAACGUUAUCUACAAAGUGGUCGACGAAGGCAAAGUUCGAAUUUCCUGGAACGAUCCCUCUGCUGCCAAUAACUUGGUUUUCUAUGCAGUUUAUUACAAGAAAGCCGGGGACGAUGGCGACUUCGAGGUGGUAAAAACUACAUCGAAUUCGGUGGAUUUGGAUGUUGAGCCCGGGGCUGAAUAUGAAGUCGGCGUGAUCUCAGGGAAUGCUUUUGGGCAUUCCCCAAUUGCCUACUUAAAAAUGGACGACACCGCUUACUCAAAACCCGGCGGUGGGCUCAGCUCGUUUGCUCUGAUUUUGAUCCUGCUUUUCUGUUGUGGAGGAGUAGUUAUUGUCUUGAUUUUCAUCGGAAGGGGAUCCAGUCUUGUUCCAGCGCUUUUCAAGAAGCCACGAUAUACUGGCAACGACCCAACGGUUGCUUUUGAAAACCCAGCCUACAGCAACGAGGUCGAGAUCAGAGGACUUGGAAGGAGCAGCGAUGCCGAUUUGGAAUGGCAUAGCCAUGAACUUCAGCCAACUGCCAGCACCGGUGAAACCACGGAAGGCCGCAAUGGCAUGCGGUAUUCGAAGUUGGACGCA